UAAAUAUAUUUAAUAUUUUUAUAUUUUUGUUAAUAGUCAAAACUUUUCUUGAAUUGAUUUCAAAAAUGGAUAUAAUUGAAAAAGUAGAUAGAUCAACCUUGACGGAUGUUGCUCCUCUUAAGGAUUCCAUAUUCUUCGAACAGAAAGCUCCUCAAGUUCGAAAAGUUCUCCGAAAGAAAUUAACGGCGGUCAAACAGGAAAACCAAACAUUGGAAGAAAUUAUUUCAGCUAAAAAUGCUGAGAUUGAAAGCUUGAAAAAAUCUGUUUCUUCUUUAAAUGAUGCCAUUCAAUCCUUCCCCAGUGAAGAAUUAAAACUCAAUUCAAGCAUAAGCAGCUCUAAAAUUGAUGACUUGACGAAGAAGAAUCAAGAGCUUCGUUCUGAAUUGGACUCUUUCAGGAAGAAAAAUACACAUUUAAAGACAAAAGUUAAAGGAUUAGAAGAAGAACUCAAGAAAACCAUUGAAAGCAAAAAAGAACUUGAGUCUAGUAGAAAUGUUGAUAGUCAUAUCGAUGUUCUAAAAUCAAAGCUCUCGCAUACAAAACAAAAACUAUUCGAUAGUUUGAAUCAAAAUAUCGAGCUCAAAAAUCAUCUAAAACUGGCUCAAAAAUGCAUCCAACAAGAAAUCGGAGAACAUGUGAAUUUGAAUAUUUUGGCGGCUUCCGGUACAACUUGGCGUGGACGAGCACAACAAAUACUCACAUUGCAGUUGAAGAUCAAUGAACUUAAAACUCGUCUAGAAUAUGCCAGAAGUGACAGUGGUUUACCUGAGGACUUUUUAGAUGAACCACCAAUUCGUAGAGAUCAGAUUCAUCAUAAAAUUGAGGUUGAAAACCUAAAGAAAGACAUAACAACCUUAACAGUUACCAUAGAAGAACAAAAUGAAAAACUAGCAGCUUCAAAAGCUCGAAAUAUUAAUUUAAUGGCUGAUAUUACAAAGUUCAAGGAAAAAUGUAUGCAGUUGGAAGCUUUAGGCAAAAGUAGAGAUGGGGCAAUUGCGGCACUAAAAGAAAAACUUGAGAUACAAAAGUUUCACUACGAGACUCGUAUAUCUGAAAUUCAAAAACAAAUGAACGACACGCAAAAGCGAGGUUCUGAUUUUGAGUUCCAUCGGGAAGAAAUACAAAUUAAGUUAGAAAAUCUUCAGGCAGAAUUGGACCUAAAAGAGGUGAAUAUCGGUGAUCUCAAAGACACAAUAAAAAAGCUUGAAAAAGAUUUAAAAUCUAUUUGUGGUGACUAUUUGUUUGAGUGUAGAGAUUUUAAAAAGGAGGAAUUUAAAGGUCUUAUUGAUGCAUUGGAAUCGGAGAAAAAUAAUUUACUAGAAUUAAAUAAAACUAUGAAUCAAAGAUUGGAUGCAGAAAGAUCUAGGGUUCUUGAUCUUAUUGAUCAAAUCGCUAAGCAUAAAGUCAAAAUAUGCAGAUUAGAAAGAAAAAUACGUGAUCUUGAAAAGGAGCAGGAUUCUCAAACCGAAAAGAAAAAACGAUCCCAACGAAUUUCCGAAUACACCGGUAGCUUCAAUGGUGUUCCCUGCGUAGUACCAUCAAUUGUUUUUGAAAACUCUUCUAACACUGAUAUUUCAUUGAAUCGUUGCGAAGAUCAACUUAAAACCUACGAAAUUGAAGAAUUAAAAAACAAAUUGGAAAUUUCUAAGGAAAAAAUAACAAUCCUCGAAGACAAACUCAACUAUAUUAACGAGGAAAGACAGAAUGAUACAAAAACCUUCGAAAAUAUCAUUAAAAUGUCAAAAUCUAUUCUCUUAGAUACAAUUCAUCAAAUUAAAAGUCAAUAAUCAAUGGUUUUGAAAUAAAAAGAAAUGAGAUAGUGAAAGAAAAUAAU